CGUCAAAUGUCAAUCGAUUAAAAAUAGUUGACUUGGUUGACGUUUGUUUGUGGAUUGUGUUUUUUACAUUACAUUACAAUUAUUUAAUUUCGUAUUCGUUUGCUUAUAGGUAAUACCUAAAGCCAAAAGUUAAAUACUGCAAUAUUAAUACUGUUUAUCUAUAGAAUAAUAAAAUGGCGCAAGUGAUUUAUUUUGAAAAUCGUUUGCUGCUCAACAUUGAAUGUUUGAACGUGUCCGGAUUGAAGCACAAUAUUUCAACACAAUAUGGAAUUCCUGUGAAAGAUUUGUUUGCUACAUUAAACGGGAAACUUGUGUGCGAUGAUUUUAACUUGGAGGACAGUGAAAAUGUCGUUAGAGUGUGGUCAAGAAUCGUCGGUGGGAAAGGGGGCUUCGGAUCCAUGUUACGUGCCAUCGGAGCGCAGAUCGAAAAAACUACGAACCGCGAGGCGUGUCGAGAUCUGUCCGGGAGGCGUUUGCGCGACAUAAACGAAGAAAAGAGACUCAGGAAGUGGCUGGAGGGCCAGGAAGAUCGCGAACGCGAAGCUACUGAGCGUAAACAGAAAAAGUUGGAACGUUUAAUUGCAGAGCCCAAAAUUUCCGUGAAUUUGAAUCCCCAAUAUGAAAAAGAACGUCAGGAGUUGCCCGAGCGCGUGAGUGCUGCAGUCGACGUCGGCUGGCAGGCCGCAGGGACAUCUAAAGAAGGUACUAAACGUAAGGCAGACGAGGAAACGAGCAAAGGGAAGAAAAAGGCCAAACUGUGGAUAGAUGCGGAGCUGUCAGACUGUUCCUCUCUAAGCGAGGAUGAGGAAGAAGACGUGAAAUGCAAUGCUGCACAAGCAGUGUCCACAGACAGCGGUAAUGAGUCAGAUAGGUGUUCCGUUAGUAGUAAAAUACAGUAAAAUAACUAAAUGUUUAGUAUUUAAAGUAAAAUGUGAGCACAAUUUUAUUAUUAUUUUCUGCUUUUACUGAUGAUCAUUCAAAUGUUGACAAUAAAGUAAGCAGUGUGGCAUCUAAGCAAAAAAAAGUUUAUAGCUCAACCCAAGACUGCAGACCUCUCGUAACCAGGAGCCACACAGAACCACUAAGCACUGAAUCAAUGCAGCUGUAUUUUGUUUGUUUCUGCAAAAAACUGAUAAAUGUGGGCCAUUAAGUGUACAGAUUUCACUCUUUGUAUUUAUAUGUUGUGUAUUGUCAGUUUAAUAAGUAUGUGUGUAACAAAUCAUGUAAUGAUAUCAUGUUUAUUAAUGUCACAUCUUUAACUAACCAAAUGAUUUUUUUGUAAAAAAUGUAAUUACCAUUUUUUUGUAAAAUUAUUGAUUAAUGGUAAAUUAUUGUUUGGUAAAUAAUGCACAUUUGAAUUUCAUGUAAAAAGCUAUUAAAAAGAUUCUAACUACAUACACUUCUUACUAUUUUUAUUCAAAAGUUACUACUUUUACUUUGUACUUUGUUUUAAAAUAAAAAAAAGUUUUUUUCAUUAUGUGAGCUUAAAUACAAGCAAAAAUAAUAUGUUGUAUAAUUGUAUAUUAAAAGAAUAUGUAUGCAUUAUAUAAUGUUUGGUUUAUUUCAAUUAAUAAUGUAAGGUACAGAUGAGAAAAAAUGUUUGUUUUAGGAAUGUGAACAUGUUAAAAUGCAGAGAUUCUUGACAGUUUGAUUUGUAUGUCUGUCUGAUAUAAAAUAAUCAUGUAAAUAAAUAUGAAUAAACUGACUAUGUAUUAGUG